CCCCCCACAGAAUCCAGCUUCAGAUCCAUGUCUACAAUUCUCAGUUUUCUCUAUAUAUACGGUACUAAUAUUGUUAUUGAAUUGUUGAAGUAAAGCUUAAUUAGAAUAUAGUGAAAAUGUCGCACAAAACUGAAAAGGAAGAGACAGAGUUCAAGGUUGUACCUGAAACGAUGUCACUUUGUGUCAAUUGUGGUGUUGCAGGAAAUUCUGCCACUAAUAACUUAUGCCAAAAGUGUUUCAACACCACGACAACUGCUUCAUCCUCCGCCACCGCCGCUUCUUCAGUGGUUGCCACAUCGGGAGGUGGAGCACAGCAAAAAACUUUUUUAUUUGACGAUAAAUCUUGCAGUUCUAGCUCCGUUUUCAGGUUUUCUCUGGUUAGGGAUACAGAGGAGACGAAUGAAGAUCCGAAGAAAUCGGAUUUAACUGAUGGCGUGACAGUGAAGAGGCAGGUGAAUCGGUGCUCCGGUUGCCGAAGGAAAGUAGGGUUGACUGGAUUCCGAUGCCGUUGCGGCGAACUUUUCUGCGCUGAGCAUCGUUACUCCGAUCGGCACGAUUGUAGCUAUGACUACAAGGCUGCCGGACGAGAGGCCAUCGCGAAGGAAAAUCCGUUGGUAAAAGCAGCCAAAAUUGUCAAGAUCUGAGCAUCAAAAUUAUCAAACACGCAUAUACAUACUCGCUCACUCCAAAUGGGACGAAAAACUAAAUCGAAUAGACAAUUUGGAGAUCGGGCUCGAUCUCGAAAGAUUGAGGUUAAGUUUAGUGUGUUAUUAUUAAGAAGAAAAAACAAAGAAGCCCUCUUAUGGCCGAGUGUUUCCGAUGGAUUAGUCUUCAUUUGUAUGCCCUAUAUUAAUUUAAUUUAUUUCGAUUUGGUUUGAAUUCUGGUAAAAGUUUUUUAUUAUGAACAAUUACGUUUGGUUUGUGGAAA